GAUAAAGCUUCCUCCUGACACGUAGCAGCCGCAACCAAGUUGGCAGAGCUGUGGGUUGAUUUGUCAAACAUCACAGAGUGAGACAUGUCGGGGUUUGACAACUUCAAUACAGACUUUUACCAGUCAAGCUACAGUGUAGAUGACCAAAGCCAGGCUGGCUAUGGCUACAGCAACGCUGAAAAUCCCUACAACAAGCCAUACGGUCAGUAUGACUACUCCCAGCCCAUGGGCUACUCUUCCCCAGGGAUGAUGCAGCCUCAGCAGCCAUACACAGGACAAAUCUUCCAGCCCACACAGACCUACACCCCAUCGCCGUCACAAUCUAUGUAUAGUAGCAGCUUUGAUGACGAGCCACCGCUGUUAGAAGAAUUAGGAAUCAACUUUGACCACAUCUGGCAGAAGACUCUCACAGUGCUUCAUCCAAUGAAAGCAGCAGACGGCAGCAUCAUGAAUGAGACAGACCUGGCCGGCCCCAUGGUCUUCUGUUUGGCCUUCGGAGCAACACUCCUCCUGUCAGGUAAAAUUCAGUUUGGCUAUGUAUACGGUAUCAGUGCAAUUGGCUGCCUUGGCAUGUACUGUCUACUCAACCUAAUGAGUAUGACUGGCGUCUCCUUUGGCUGUGUGGCCAGUGUGCUGGGAUACUGCCUCCUUCCCAUGAUCCUCCUCUCCAGCUUUGGAGUCCUCUUCUCUUUACAGGGAAUGAUGGGAAUUAUACUAACAGCAGCUAUCAUUGGCUGGUGCAGCUUCUCAGCCUCAAAGAUCUUCAUCUCGGCAUUGGCCAUGGAUGGGCAGCAGUUGUUGGUUGCUUACCCCUGCGCUCUCCUAUAUGGGGUCUUUGCACUCAUUUCUGUCUUCUAAAAAAAUCAUUGAGUAACAGUUUAAAAUAUCUGCUCUCCAGAUUCUGUAAUAGCAGCCUAAUUAGUGUCAGUGUAAUUAGUGUAAUUAUUGGCUAAUUAUACUGUUAUUACAGAAAAAUAGGAGCCGCUGUCUAAAAUGGCACCAAGGUUUUUUUUUCUUUUAUGAGCCUCCACCUAUCACCUACAUUCCGACUUGACCAUCUGCAGGCUGGAGUGUAUCGUCUCACUCAUCUCUUCUCUCCACCUUGCUCCCUUCAUGCAUCUUAAAGGAGAGGGCUGUCAAAUAAACCUGGUGAAAAAUAACUCUCCUGUGGACCACGAUGGGCCUUAAUCGGCCUAGUACAGUCCAAUGAUUUUAAGGACAAGAAGGGGAAGGAAGUGAGCAAGUACUUCACACAAUGGAAACCCAAGGAGACAUUUAAUUUAGACACAGAUGGGAAAACGUUCUCAUUUUCUGAGAUGGACUGAAAGGCUCAUUUAGAGGCAGUGGAAAUGCCACGUAUCACUAUCUUUGCAAAAGCUGUUGUGAGCCAUUUCUGGCAACCAUCCCAUCCACCCAUUCUACAACUGCAAGACUAAGGGAAACAUCCACUUUCAUUCUGCACAAGACCACAGCAGCUCAUUGCGCUUCUCCACUCAGAGAGAGUGGUGGGUGGGGGGGAAGGGGCAUCUCCUCCUCAAUAUCUUCUUUUCUCCAGGACUGAGGGGCUAUGAAUCCCAUCAUCUGCUCAUCACAGCAGCGAUCCGAUCUUUGAUGCUAUGUCUUCUCAUGUAUUUUAUUUUACCCUUUGAGAUUCAUUCGCAUUUUCAUGCCUUUCAAGGAGACAAAAAUACAGAUUGCACAUAAACGUUUGAAUUUUCAAAACCAAACCAAUUUGAUUAGAUACUGAGAGUAGUUUGAGAAAUACUGUAUGUGUCUAGGUACAGACAUCUAAGGUGUUGGUAUAGUUUGUAUCCCCUUACAUUUCUUAAAUCUUUAUUUUAGAGUCGACUCACUUUGUAUGCUUUGAUGUGUCAUCUGUUGUUCAUGUCUUCUCAUGCACAUUAAAGUUGUCUUUGAAGGUUA